AUGUUAGCGAAGGGAUUUUCGAGCCCUGUUCGCUCGUUUAUCAAUAUACGCAACUCUGGCAUCUGUCUGUUUAUCAACCAUCCACCUGCGUAUUGGAACAUACAGCAGAGAGCUCUUGUUCGGUCCCUAGCCACCUCGACCUCUCAACCAAAUGAAUUACUGAUUCCAUUGCGAAAGCAGCUCAAGGCUGAAGCUAAACAAAAACGAGAGCGCGCAAGAUCUGGCCCCACAGCCGAGGAAACGGACACAGUAUCUACAGAUGGAUGGGAACUCACAGUCGGUAUAGAAAUUCAUGCCGAGCUCAACACAGCUCGCAAACUAUUCUCUGAAGCUCCAACAUCGUCGCCUGAUGCAGCGCCUAACAGCAACGUAGCAUUGUUUGACCUCGCUUAUCCAGGAUCGCAACCUCAUUUUCAAAUUGCCACACUUCUUCCUGCAUUACGAGCAGCUAUUGCCCUGAAUUGUGACAUACAGCGCAAGAGCACGUUCGACAGAAAGCAUUAUUUCUAUCAAGAUCAACCGGCAGGCUAUCAGAUCACACAAUACUACGAGCCAUUCGCUCGUGAUGGCCAUAUCACGCUUUAUGACUAUGAUGGCAUCGCAGCUGAAGACGGUGAGCAGAUCACCAUUGGCAUUAAGCAGAUACAGAUGGAGCAGGACACAGCAAAGACGAUUCAAAUUCCCCCAUCUGAGCACUACCUAGAUUUUAAUCGAGUCUCCCACCCACUUAUCGAGAUCAUCACAUUACCUCAGAUUCAUCAUCCUACGACAGCUGCGGCAUUGGUGCGCAAAGUGCAAAGUAUUUUGAAAGCGGUCAAUGCCUGUACCACUGGCAUGGAACUUGGAGGGUUACGUGCAGACGUCAAUGUUUCUGUCCGCAGACGACAAGCAGCAGGCGAGUACACGGGAGGCUCUUACCACGGCGUCAGCGGUCUCGGACAGCGAACUGAGAUCAAGAACUUAAGCAGCUUCAAAGCCGUCGAAGAUGCCAUCAUCGCGGAGCGCAAUCGACAAAUCAAGGUGCUCGAGUCGGGAGGUGUCGUCGAAGGCGAAACACGAGGGUGGACUUUGGGCAAUACCGAGACCAAAAAACUGCGCGGAAAGGAAGGGGAGAUCGACUAUCGGUACAUGCCAGACCCUGAUAUUGCACCUGUCAUUAUUUCUAAGAAUCUUGUUGACCACCUGAGAGAAAAAUUGCCGAAGCUCCCGGAUGAGCUGUUGAUGCUUCUCACUAAGGACCCUGCGCAUGGACUAACAAUGAAGGAUGCGAAGACACUACUUUCGUUCGAUGACGGUGAUCGAUUAGAUUUCUACUUCGAAGUGCUCCACCGCGUUCAGAAGGAGCUUGGCAGACUAGCACCUUAUCAGCUCGGACGUGUUGUUGGAAAUUGGGUCAUCCAUGAGCUGGGAGCUUUGCUUGGGCGGGCCGACACCCCUUGCAGGAAUUCUCGUGUCAGCACAGUUCAUCUCGCACACAUACUGGUCUUGCUCCAGGAGGGCAAGAUCACAAACGCUUCGGCUAAGCAACUGCUAAGCCUGGUAUUUGAAGGCGAUAUGCGUGAUGUCGGCAGAAUUGUCGAGGAAGACGGCAUGCUUGUUCAAGACAUUGAUGGCGCCGAGUAUUCCAAUGCGGCGAGGAGGCUCAUAGAAGCCAAUCCAGAAAUGGUCAAGGCCAUCAAAGAGAAGGGACAGCAUGGCAAAGUGAUGUGGUUUGUGGGACAGAUGUUGCGUGAAAUGGCUAAAGACCAUGGAAAAGGUAGCGUGAACGCUGAAAAAGCGAAACACGCCGUGGCCCAGAUAUUGGACGUUCGUGUCUGA